GGUGGGUGUUGCAGACUGACUGUAGGAGACUGUAAACACCAGAAACAUUAACAGAGUUACAGUUUCUGUAACUUUUCUCUUAGUAAACUCGCGUUUUUCAUAUUUUUAAGUCUUAAUAAAUUCACUGAAAUACCAACGACAGACUUUUGCUGAAAUGCCAAAUCAAAGAGAUGAGGAUGCUGAUGAUUCCCCUGCUGACCUUCCCUGUCUGGAAAAACUUGACUCUCCCACAGGGAGCCCACCCACCGCCUCAUUAUCCAGUCUGAUGGAGCUGGAAAAUUGUGUUUCCAACCUGAACCUCGCACAUGAGAUAGUGCUGAAUGGAGACUUCUGCUUCAAACACAGGAGCCCUCCUACAGACAGCCUGGAGGGCAGAGUGACGGAGAUCGUUCACCGGGCGUUUUGGGACAGUCUUCAAGAGCAGCUGAACAGCGAUCCUCCAAACUACAGCCAUGCUGUCAUUCUGCUCCAGGAAGUCAAGACUAUGCUUCAGUCCCUGCUGCUGCCCGGUCACGUCAGACUGAGAUCCCAGCUGGACGAGGUGCUGGACAUGGAGCUGAUCCAGCAGGAGGUCGAUCACGGAGCUCUGGAUCUCCACCGACUGGCAGGAUACGUCAUCAACACCAUGGCGUCUUUAUGUGCACCUGUGCGGGACCCAGCGAUCAGGGCACUGAGGGACCUCCGGGACCCUGUGGAGCUCCUGAGGGAGAUCUUCCGCGUCUUGGGCCUGAUGAAGACCGACAUGGUUAACUUCACCAUCCAGAGCCUGCGGCCUCACCUCCUGCCGCAGGCCGUGCAGUACGAGAGGGCCAAGUUCCAGCAGAUCCUGGACAAGCAGCCGGCUUGUUUGGACGAUACCACCGCUUGGCUUCAGGCAGCAGCGUCCGAAGAGGCGGCGGCCGUCAGAGCUCGGUCUGAGUCUCCCAGUCCUGACAGCCGAGGUCCCGUCAGCGCCGCCGCUGUCCUCAACCAGGCCUACAUGCGUCUGCUACACUGGGACCCCCAAGACCAGAAAUAUCCCGAGACUGUGCUGAUGGACCGAGCCCGCCUGGACGCCCUGGGCCAGCGGCUCCAGAUGCUGGUCGUGGAGGCGUCGGUGCUGCUGCUGACCAACGCUCAGUGUGGGGGUGCCGUUUUCUCCCUGCAGGGGUUUGUAGGUAAACUCAGGCAGUCCAUCACUGCCCUGCUGGAGGGCAGUCACACCAGGGAAGCUGACCUGAAGGGGGCGUUGCUUGGGCUCGGGGAGACAGUGCUGCAGCUGGUGACCGAAGCUGUGAGCGGCCAGGGAGGAGCAGCGAUGCCUCAGGAGAGCCAGGAUCUGCUGAAAGGACAAAUAUCUGAGCUGUGGAAGGACAACAAUCCUGUCCGCACACUCAUAGGGGAAAGGGUUCAGGGCUUCCUCCAGGCCAUGCUGCAGGGCGGCCUCGCUAAAAGGAGUCCAGAGCUGCCCGCUCCCCUCAGGCUGGUGAGCGCCGAGCUAGCCGAACUGGGGACGGCCUUUGGGCGAAUCAUCCACUUCAACCGAACGGUCUUUGGUCCUUUCUACGCACCCAUCCUCAGGAAACUGCUGUUCCCACCAGGAGAGGCCGAGACCGGUGAGGACUCACGCUAGGCUGAGGGCGACCCACACAAAAGCGGGUGACCUUAAUAUAAGAUGCCAUUUGGCUCUGAAUGUGUAGCUAUAGAGUGUAAAUACAGUAAAUGUUUAAGGGAAAGACAUGAAAGAAAAAGUUGUAUAUUAUUAUAUUUUUUCAGGUGUUUAACAAAAAAGUCUGACUCACAAAUUCAACUCAACAAAUUUUGUAAAACAAAAUGAGAAACGGUUUUCACCCGGACAAGAGUAACAAAUAGUUUGUAGUGUGUUAAUGAAAAGAGUCAUAACAAGAGACUGAUCAUGAAAUGGCUUUGAAAAGAAUUUCCUGAUAAAAACACAUUUGUUGGUUUAACUUCAUCUCAAGAUAAACACCCUCAGGAAAAACAUCAAGUACCAAAGAUUAUGCUAAUAGUUUGUAAAUAAUACGUAUGUAGCUGGUUUCUCUUCUUUAACUUUAUGUUGACAGAUGUUUAUGUAUAAUUUACCAAAGACUGUGCACUUUUUAUGAUUCUUUUUUUUUUUUUGCACGUUUGAUUAUAAACCAAAAAUAUACUCAAUGUUUCCCCUAGAGUAGUUGGUAUUAGUGGGAGGUGGUGUACCAAACAGGUACUUAUUUGUAUAUAAAGUAUAUAUCAAAUUGAUUAAUUUUCCAUUUUUCGACAGCCCUGAUUCACUCCACUAAACAAAUCAAAAUACUGAUAUCAAAAUUCUGUAAGGCAUCACCGUUCACCUCGAUGAAUUUAAAACAAUAUUCUGGGAGAACUAUUACUGGAUACACUUAUAACGGGCGAAGCUAAACACAAAACCAAACAAACUGAAAGCUUAAAGGUGCUAUUGAUAACAUUGAUAACAUUCAGCCACUAGAUGUUCCAUUGCAUUUAUCUUACAACAGAUGGUUGCCAGUUUGUUGGACAACCUGCAUAUUUUAUGGUGGAGUGGAGUGAGACUCUUUGAUGAAUCUUUUAUGGUAAAGUAAUGAAGUCAUUUUGCAGCAUGUAGCUAUAGAUCUACAUUAGGGUUGUAUGUGUGUGUGUGUGUGCGCGGCACCCCUUCCCCUGCUGCCGUAGUUUCAACUGGGAGAUCAGCUGUUCUAGCGCGAAGCAUUGUAAAACACACUUCAUUCAAACUCGACAGAAACAAAAUAAAACUCACCAAAAUCGUCUUGGUUAGUCUUUCUAACAAUCACCAACCCUGGUUCAGUCGGCUACCCUAAAUCCCCUCUGAUAUACAUCUUUGUUAUACAUUGAGGGAACUAUAACGUUUAAUUUAAAUUAUUUGUAUGAAUAAAAAUGUUAUCAUUAACACCUUUAAACAGAGCGCUACAGAUUACUCUCUUGAAACCUGUAAUUUUGUAUUUUUUCUUAUUACUGAAGCGAGUUCCAGGAGUCAGAUAGCAUAUUUUCAUAUUGUACGAAAUUAAAUAAUGAAUGAAUAUAUUAUAAUUUGCAGAACGGUUAGCAUAAGGGAUUUGUAUCCAUAAAACAUGCUGGUGUGAUCCUUUAACAGCUCCGAGCAGAACUGAUGACAAAACUUGCGCGAGUCACAGAGGUAAGCAUUUUCUGAAACAUUAAAUUCUUGGCAAUCUUUUCAAAUGGUCUUUUAUCAACAUUUCCUGCUGUGUUGAAGGUAUACAUACAGUCGCUUUCGUGUCAUAGUUGGUGGCGUGGUUUAGGGCUGAGUAGUCGUGGGGGAAACAAUCCUUUUCCACCACCCGGAUAUGCUAGGAAAGCGCAGUUUUUAAUAUCAUAAAUUUACGUACAAAAGUGCCAUGUCUUAUAUAGAGUCCUUAUCCUCACUUGACAAAGAACGUUACAUACAAAAAGUAGACAGAAUCUGAGUAGAUUAUUGUCCAUGUCUUAUAAAAGACUGCACAAAUGAUCCAACUAAAUGGCCCAAGUGCCAUUCCCAGAUAUUUUCUGCUAUCUGGGUGAAUCGCCUGGUGAGUGACAUUUAAUCAGUAUAUGAAUUAAACCUUUAUAAUAUCAAUACCCUACAGCCAUAUAAUGUUAUGAUGUAAUAAACUUGAAUAUUUGAGGGAACUUCAUGCAGUUUCAAGACAGUAGCAACGGUAAUGUUACUCAAUGCCAUUAGCCUAUGUUUUGACAUGUGCAAUAUCACGUAGGGAUUUACACACAGUGCAACCUCAAGAACUGCAGUACCUUGGAGGCUCACAACUUCUUUACCAGUGGCUUUGCAGGGGUUGCAAUCCAUCACAAAAUGUCUAGGUCAGACACUCAUCUGUUUUGUUGUGAUGUGAAGCCAUCCUGGAGAGUGACAGAAAAGCUUCAUCAGACCUGGGUUGCUGUACAGGGGAAUGGUACAAUCCUGACGGUCUCCUAUCAGAUUCUGUCUCUCUGUUAGGUAAAAUAUAAAACUUUAGGUUCAGAUUUUUACGUUUAUUUGACGUGCAGAAAUCCACACAGCAGCUUUUGAGCAUGGCAGCGAAUGCUUUGUUUUCCCCUACGGCGUAAACCGGAUGUGACGUAUUGUGGGCAUUGUCAAGAAUGCCGACUGUAUGUAUUUUCAGAAUACUCAAAGCUUCCUUUAACCAUAUAAUUAAAAGAAUAUUUAGUCUUUUGCACCAUAAAAUAGAUUUUUAACCAGUUUCUGAAACUGCAACUAUAUUUACUAGUCCAGGUAGCCAGAAAUAUCACAGCACCUUGCACAUUUGGCAUGGCACAAGUUACUGUACUGUAUAUAAAAAUAGAAUCUAAUGGAAAGUAACAUUAUUAUAAACAAAUAUAACUGACGUAAAACUUUGUAUUUUUUUUAUUUACAUAGUUAGAAGAGAGGAUUCUGGAAAUACCAUCAACACAGCAAUAAUGAUCUGGCACUUUAAGAAAUCAGAUGCUUGGCUCUGUGACUUGAAUGUAAUAUAACACAUGGUACUCACAAACUGGGGCUAAUUGCUGGGUGAGAUUAGAAGUCGCACCAUUCACUAAUCACUACAGCAGGGGAAACACUGAUAGUAUAAUUGUACAUUAUAAUUACCAUAUUGAUAUGUUGUCGCUUUGAAUUUUAAACAGCUGGUGUAAUGUUUUCCUUGUGUUUUAUUUUUUAACCAUAAAACAAAAUCAAUGCUGA